UUUUUUAGGUUAUAAAUAUGUAAACCAGGCAGCAAAUCUAAGGCAAGACUUUCAAGUGUUGGAAGCAAGUCUCCUCUCUUGUAAACAAAUACUUUUGAAUAUUUAAUAAAAAAACAGAUAUAUUUCUAAGGAAAAGCUAUGGAUGAACAAAGCUCAGAACUAUCAAACCUACAAGAACAGAUUACAUAUCAAGACAAAGCUACACAGACUGAUAUAACAGAAGAGGAUACAUUAGAAAAGAUACUCAAAACCCUAACUACACUUUCAUUGAAAGUGGAUAGUAUGGAAAAUGAGAUAGAAAAGCUAAAGACUAAUGAAGAUAAACUGAAGUUUAUAGCUAUAAGUCAGCCGCAUGACUAUAAAGAUGCUGAGCUAUGUCGAUCGGAAGACAUCAAAAAUCCAGAGCUAAAAAGAGAUGUUGGGACACUCCAUAAAACCCAUAACGUUUAUCAAUCUACAAUUACAGGUACAAGCAAAGGAGUUAGUGGACAAAGAUAGCAGAACAUGAAUAUGAACAUGAACAAGAUAUUUGAAAAACCAUUUGUACCUAAGACACAAAAAACCCCCUUGUUCAUACCCCCACAAACUACCACAUAUCGAGAAAGUUUGAACCAAGAUAAAGAACCCUAUAACCAUAUAACUCGAGCAUACAUAAAAAAUAUCCACAAAAUACAAACCUUUCUAAAUCACAAUCUCAAAGCUAAAGAUAUCCAAGAACCAAACACAGACUAUAUAACCCAAAGACUACAAGGUUACAAUAAGUUAAUCGCACUACCAAAAACCAACCCAAACUUAGUUAAAACUUGCUUCAGUUAUGGACUACUAAAUACCAUAUAUACCCAGGACGGAAACGAACUAACAACUAUACCAGAACUAUAUAAAGCAUUUGCCACUUAUAAAAAAAUAACCAGAGGAAAUCUAUUUUUUGUAAAGUUUUAUAUUGCACCAACGGAGAUACUAUAUGACGAAAUUAAACCAGUUAUACAAGUUGUAAAAAUAUGAUUAACCAGAGAUAUGAUUAUAUCGGAAGAUAUUGUUCAACAACCAGAGAUACCUAAAGUUGAGAUACCUGAUUUUUAUGCAAAUAAACGAAUUAUAAGAAUAUCUACAAUUGUUUAAGAAUUAGCAAAUAAUUAUCUCAAUGGAAACCCUAUGUGGAGCUACUUUUCAAGAGAACAAUUAAUGACCUAUUCAAAUUCAAAGGAGCUACGACAGCCAGAUAUGGAAGAAGCUAGACAAUGGAUUAUGACGUUGCUCGAACCAGAGAAACAACCAACUACAAGGACAAUUAAAAAGGAAUUUAUUUCAGAAGAGAUAUUGACCAGAUAUUGCAAGUUAAUUGGACACAAAUAUCCAGAUCAUCUAUGUUUGAGAUGUAAUGGAGAAAAUAAUAUUAUCCUAAAAGUUCAACUAGAAUAAAAGAAGAUAAGAACGUCAGCUGAAAGAUAGCAAAAAGAUAAAAAAUAACGGAGCAAUAAUAGAAAAAUAAAGAAAAAAGACAAAGAGACAAGAUAUUUAAAUUACGAAACCGACAUGUGAAUAAAUUACAUAACUUGCUUGACUUUCCUUUAUGUAAAGAUACUGUAUAGCCAUCAUUAUUGACUUUUUUUUCGCAAAAGUGUCACUAUUGUAUAACUUUAAUAGUUUUGUCCUUUAGGAUUAGAAUUUUAUUAUGUAGAAGACUUUUGUAAAGAUAAUUUAAGUCUUUUCUUGUAAAGCUUACAGGUGUAAAGUUAAGAAAAGUAGUUUACGAGUUUUAAGAGAUUAUAAAUAUGUAAGUCAUUCGGCAAAGUUAAGGCAAGAUAUAUUUUUUGAAUAUAUAAUAAAAACAGAUAUAUUUCUAAAGAAAA